GUUUGCAAGUUUAUAUCUCCCACCAAUUUGUUUCUUGUGUAUAAUUCUUAUGGGAUUUCGUUCUCUGAAGCCAUUGAGAUAUUAUCUUUACCCGCAAAGCAAAACACUGAUGAAUAAUACUGGCUCAUUCCACCAAAACAAAAAAGAAGAAGAAGAAGAACAGUGAUUGAUGAAAAGUAUCUCAGGGUCUUGGGAAGUUUCUCUUUUUCUGAAAUUUUGUCUUCCUUUUCAAUCAAACAUCCAUCUGAACAAGAACCAUCACUAUUUCAGAAGGUUACGUGUUCAAGCUUUGCUGAUUAUUUUUUUGUCUUUUGGUUGAACUGAAUAAUUUUCUAUCUUCUUUGUGAUCUAUAUCUUUAUUGGAUGUAAGUUCUCUAGACUGUUGCAUCACUAAUCCCUGGAUGCCAAAGAUUAAAAUUUUCAGUGAUAAUUGGAUUUUUUUAACGUUUUAUAUAUGUAUCUUGGCAGGUGGAGGUUACCUUUACUGGUGUUGGAAGGUAAGGAAGGGGAUGUUAAGCCUGAAAGUGCAUGGAUGUGAAACUCACGCCACCAUGGAUGACGAAGGAAGGAAUAAACCUUACAAAUGGACGAGGAGAGGUCAAGAAGAAAACAAAGAUGGAUGGUGGUUCAGCUCAAGUGGAUUCUUCGGAUGACUUGAAGUCAACUGUUCGAAAUGGUGAAGGGCAGAACAUUUAGGUUUCUGCAAUGAGAUGAAACUUUCCUUCUAUUCUGUGUUAUUAUAUUAGAAGAGCGUGAUACUCAAUUUAGAUGAGGGAGUCUCAUCUAACACAUUCUUACUUCAUCCAGAAUCUUAAUCUUUAAAUUGUGAACAGAUGCAAAUUGAAGAUUUAUUUAAAUUGUGAACACUCACGCAUAAGGUUCAUCUUAAUCUUAAGAUUAAGAUUCAGUCUCAUCUGUUAUGCAAGUUACUUUUUCAUUCUUCUACCCUUAUUGCAAUAUAUCAAGAUCCAAAUG